AUGCAGACGGUUCCCAGUCUUGUUGGCACCGGCACUGCCAUUGCUGCCGCUGCCAGUGGUCUGGUUUUUGGUCAACCUAGCGACUCCCAAAGACCUACUCCCCGCCGAGUUCUUCACAAACGGAAUGCUUCUCUCGAUCCAUCACCCACCCGCCAUGAUCGCUUGACAUCUCUUUCCCCGUCUCGUCCCGCUACAAGUCACCCGCAACAGCCAAUGGCCAUGGCCGCCGAUAAUACCAAUCACUUGACCCUGCCUCGACCUUCCUCACGCUCUCGGCCCCCGCUGUCGCGCUAUCAACGACCUCAGUCCUCUCAGUUCCCCAACCGUCGACCCUCUACAACCAAUAAUACUCUCGCAAACGACUUGCAGACGACUCCGGUCAGUCAGGUAGAAAGCCGCCACAACUCCCUCUCCUCGACCGGCUCAUGGAUGCGCAGGCUUUCGCUCCGUCCUCUCUCACAGCACGGCUCCAGUCCUCGCUCUAGUAUCGUCGUCGACAGGCAGUCCGUUACGCUCUCGCAGAGCUCAACCCUGCCUAUUCUACGUCCCAGAACGGCCGCCCCCAAUCUACCUCCCAACAAGCUCGUCAAGAGAUCUCCCUCGACGCAAACCCACGACUCCCAUUCACUGUCCCGUUCCAAAUCAAAGGGGCACUUGCCUACCCUCCGCCGGCCAGCCACGAGCCACCAGCGUACCGCCACACUCGAGCAGCUUCGUUUGAAUGCGCAGGAAAACCAAAAGCCCCAGCUGUCCGGAGAGCUCAAGUAUUCGUUUGAGCAACGUCCAAGCGCCGAGUCCGCAUGCACCAGGUCCAACUCGACGACUAGCCAAACAUUGCCCGAAAACACGCACUGGUCGUCAUUUUUCCAUCUUAGACGAACGAGCCUGGCUGUAGAAGGCCGACCUAGCACCGGCAGUCCCCGUGCGAAACCCAACACCGUGCGACGCAUAUCCGCAAAGGCGAUUUCGGCGUGCCAGAAUACUGUGCAUCUGGUGAAACCCAAGAUGGUUUCUUCCUCGCCUGUCUCACCUCUACGCCGCGAACCUCUAACACAUCUGGCUGAUGCUGCGGAAAUUGUGCCUGAACAGGCUGAGAAAGAGAAUCAGGACGAGCGGAAACAGCAUAGACGGCAAGACUUGGCGGCGACUAUGCCACGCCAGACUAACGGUGUGCCUAUUCGGCCAGACGAUGGUGGUGAUGAUGCAACGGAAUGUCCAUCGUCCUCAAUGCGCAUCAAGAGAUCACUAUCAACGUCGUUUGCAACGGUAACGGGUCAUCUAGUGUCCAAGACGUCUGGCAGCAUUAGGCGUCCGAAACGAGGCCAGGACCAGCCUGUUUGUGGUGUGGCUAGCGUGGGUAGGCGACAUGCGUCGGCGCCCAUUAGCGGCUCUGGUGCGGUGCUAGCAGCCGUGGAGCAUGAAAGGAUGGGCGUGAGGCCACCAAUGGACUCGCUAAAAUGGGGCCCGCCAGGGCCGCUACCAGGAACGGUUACGCCUUCAGCUGCUCUCGAUGCGACUCUGCAGACUCGUCGGGCUAAUACGCAGCCUCAGCGCUCAUUUGAGCACCCACAACAGCCACGAGAUGGUCGUCGAACUCAUCAGCAGGCUCAGCACUCGUUUCAGCACUCACGACACCCACAAGAGAGUCGUCAGCCCUCCAAUCCUCUACAGAUUCCCCGGCACCGCCAGCACAAUCUUUAUAGCGCCUCUACCCACGCUGUCCCGCCGCCCACCACCACUGCUACCGCGACCAUCGCUGCUCCCACCACAUCCUCUUCUAGCACCACUUCGUCGUUUCAUGGCUCCCAUAACCGACUUCUCUCCUCCCCACUGACGCCUCCGCCCCAGCGUGCUCUGAAUUUUCAUCUCGAUCAUUCCUUGCCUCGCUCUGCUUCUUCUGCGCCUGCAUUCGGCCCUGCUGGCGGGGUAGCUGCUGCCGCGACUGCUCUGCCUUUGGUCCGCCCUCAUCAGCCCUCUACCAGCUCCACGGCCAGCUCGGCCAUGUCCACCUCCCACCAGAGGUCUCCGUAUUAUGAGUCGUCGCCGCACAUGGAGGCUUUUGACAGCGAUGGAAGAGGUUUUAUUUCUGGCGAUGACGACGACACGGAUUUCAAGAGCGAUACUCUUUACGAUUCUCUCCGCACCGUCGCCUCCAGCCGCGCCAGGGCCGUUGACACACCUCUCGAGUCCGUUUACGAUGAUUCACCUCCUAGCACCGCCAGCAACGGCAAAUCACGGCGCCUCUCUAUUCAUGAAAUCCUCGACAAGGCCUGGGACGCUGACGACAGAAUCACCGAAGAGGACGAAACAUCCCAGACACCCGUCCGUGCACCCUCCACUAAAGUGAAAGCGCCCACCCGCCCCGACGCCCGCCACGGCUCCUCCACCCAAGAUCUGCGUCUUGCCCAAACCCCCAUUCAAUCUUCAUUUACCGCCAGGGACUUUGCAAGAAUCUCCUUGGAAGAUGAUCUUGACGAUGAUUGGGCCCUUUAUGGCGACGAGGCUGACUCCCACAUCAGCCCUCUGUCCGCCCCUUCCAAGAGUUCUCUCAACGCCAAAGGCAUGAAUCCUAAUGUUCGUCUUGCCCUCGCCAACAUUGGCAAUGAAAAUCAUGUCAGUGAAACCGCCCACAACACGGAGCGUCCCCUCAGCAGCAUCUUUGACUGGAGUGAACCCUCGACCCAAGACAAGCACGAUGCCGAGCGACGCUCUGGUCGCCCGCAAACUGCUUACGCAAAGCAGGCAGUAGACCCUAGAGGCGGACGCUCUGCCAACCGACGUGGACCUGCGCCUGCGCAUGUAAGAAGCCAAAGCGUGCCGGUAGUUCACGAUGCCGCGGACGAAUAUAAGACAACCGGCGCCAAAUAUGGAACCUGGGGUCUUGGCACCAAAACUGUUAGUGAGGACUGGGACGAGGACUUUGAGUUCGGCUCCGCCGCUAGCAGCGACGGCCGCGAAGCCGAGCCCAUGUUUGCUGUCCCCGAAUCUAUUCGAGCCAGCCAGCCCAGCGUAAAGGCCCACUCGGGGCAAAUUCGAGAACUAUCGCUUCUCGUUAACGACCUCAAGAGACUAUGCCGACAUGGUCGAGACAUGGGUCUUUUGGAAGGUUCACAAAAGGCUUUCUGGAAAGAAGCAGAAGGUGUCAUUGCCCUUGCAUCUCCAGACGACGAGACCAUGGACGACGACGUUGAUUCCAAUCCCUCAGUCGACCUCGACGCAUUUGAUAGCAAGGCCAGGCAGCCAGGAGAUCAACGGCCUAGGACGCCACAGAGUGAACAGCAACUCCAUGUGGGAUCUCCCAAACUCGAACCCUCCAUCUCAAAGACUGCGGUGAUGCGUGAGCGCCAUUCUCCUCGCCGGCGAUCCGUCUUUUCUCCCGGCGAUGACAUUUUUGGCGGCGCCGAGGGCGCAGCAGAUAACAAAGCAAGCACAUCACCAAAGAAAGCGGGACAGCAGCCGCCACAUACGCCCGAACGCCUCGCCGACGUUAAUGGCGUCGUGCGAACCGUCAUGGAGGCCAUGCAGAACCGCAACGGCUCGGACGCUAUUCCCGACACUGGCAAACCUAGUAGAAAGGUCCAGUUUGACACAAAUAGCCUCAGGGCGCUGGUCAAGAGAUCUGGCGAGCUCCGUGAUACCCUCUCGGAUAUCAUCCGCAGGACAGAUCAGCUCACCCAGAGCCCAGCACGACCUCUGCGACACGACAAAGACCGUGGUCCCGAUUCGAGUCCAGCAUUUACUCGCGUCUUCGACGACCCUGGUUCCAGUCCUCCACGUCGUCCAACGAGAAGCCGUGGUAAUACCUCUCUCAAACAAACUACUUCACCAGACAGCUCGCCGCCCCCCCAAUUGGAACGGCGAUUUCCGUUGAUGACGGUACGAUAA